AUACAUACACACGAAAUAUCUCUAUUUUUCAGAGAGAGAAAAGGGGGAAGAGGGAGGAGAGAGAGAGAGAGAGAAUUUUGCGGUUUUCAUCCCCAUUAACAUGGCUGCGUCUGGUUCUCUGCAACUCUCCCUUGAGCUUGGAUUCUGCAGGAACCAUGGCCGCAGCAAGAGAUUUCGGCUGCAGAAUUCGAAUGCAAGAGUCAGAUUAUGUCAAUUGAGCCGUAAUCUUCCGUCUAUUUCACUGCAACAAUAUUCUUGGAGUUCAAAUUUUUCGAAGAGAACACGCAGACGAGUAUGCACCGUUCCUUGUAAAAAUCACCAGUUUAGGUGCCAUUGUUUUUUAAGUCCAGGAUCUUCUUUCGACGCUAACUCUGUAAAGAACGCAACUCUAACUUUAGCAAGAUCAUUGCAAGGAAAUCCGAUUGUGAUCAAAUUGGGUUCAGCUGUUGGUAUUGUCAUCUUUGCAGUGUGGGGACUUGGGCCACUUGUGCGACUAAUCAGAAACAUAUUUCUUCAUAAAAGUGACAAUAGUUGGAAAAAGAGUAGUACAUAUCAAGUUACGACUUCUUAUGUUCAACCUUUGCUGCUAUGGGCAGGAGCAAUCUUUAUCUGCAGAGCAUUGGAUCCAAUGAUUCUUCCCUCGGAAGCUGGUCAAGUUGUUAAGCAAAGGCUACUGAAUUUUGUCAGAUCAUUGUCCACAGUGCUAGCCUUUGCAUAUUGUUUAUCAAGUGUGAUUCAACAUGCACAAAAAUUCUUCAUGGAGACUAAUGACCCAACCGAUACUAGAAAUAUGGGUUUCCAGUUUGCUGGCAAAGCUGUGUACACGGCUGUGUGGGUUGCAGCUGUGUCGUUGUUCAUGGAGUUGUUAGGUUUCUCAACCCAAAAAUGGCUCACAGCUGGAGGUCUUGGGACAGUCUUGCUCACACUAGCUGGACGUGAGAUUUUCACGAAUUUUCUUUCAAGUGCAAUGAUUCAUGCAACCCGUCCAUUCAUUGUGAACGAGUGGAUUCAGACCAAGAUUGAAGGCUAUGAAGUUUCUGGGACAGUUGAGCACGUGGGAUGGUGGUCGCCAACAAUUAUAAGAGGUGAAGACCGUGAAGCUGUUCACAUUCCAAACCAUAAGUUCACUAUGAAUGUUGUGAGAAAUCUCACUCAAAAAACUCACUGGCGUAUUAAAACCCACCUAGCCAUCAGUCACUUGGAUGUCAGCAAAAUUAAUAACAUCGUUGCUGAUAUGCGCAAGGUUCUGGCGAAAAAUCCUCAAGUGGAACAACAGAAAUUGCACAGAAGAGUAUUCUUGGAUAAUAUUAAUCCUGAAAAUCAGGCUCUCAUGAUACUGGUUUCCUGCUUCGUGAAGACCUCACAUUUUGAAGAAUAUUUAUGUGUUAAGGAAACUAUUCUUCUUGAUCUACUCAGAGUCAUCAGGCAUCACCGUGCCAGAUUAGCCACUCCAAUCCGAACGGUUCAGAAAAUAUUCACCGACGCAGACUAGGACAACGUGCCCUUUUCUCCAGAUUCUAUAUUCAAUCGAGGCGGGCCAGUAUCAAACCGCCCACUGCUAUUAAUCGAGCCAUCCUAUAAAAUCAACGGUGAAGAUAAAACCAAAACUCAAUCUCGACCACCACGCGCAAAUGGGGAAGAAGACAGCAACAAAGCCACUACUUCAACAACACCACAAGAUAAUAAAGGUGAAACAACUUUAAACACCGAUUCAAAAUCAAAGGCAACAACAUCUACCGAACAAAAAACAAAAGAUUUACAGACAACAGAAGCCAAAGCCGAAUCUGAAAUCGACACAAGCGAGGAUCCUAAAAUUGUCGCAAAAUCUUCACCCAAAAAACCCGUCUCUGUCGAAGAAACGAGUUCGAAUAUCAAUAUUUCUUCCGAUGUGACGACGACGACACAUAAUACCACUAACAACAAGCACAGGCGAAAGGUGGGCCAAGAGAAUGUGAGCAGUAAACAAGUUACAGGUAUGCCUGUGAGUAAAGCUUCUUUGGAAGAGAAUAUAGUUCUUGGAGUUGCUUUAGAGGGUUCGAAGAGAACUCUACCUAUUGAGGAAGAAACAGUGGCCCCACCGAAUACAGAAGAGGUGAAGGAGUUGGCAACUUCUCGCAGUGGUAAUGGUGGGCCCGCAGUUGCGGAGAAGAAAAACCCGGGUAAUGAUCAGUUGGAUAAUCAGCAGGACUAGUUAAUUUGCGAGUUGUCAUGAAGUUUUAAAGUUGAGUUGUCAUUGGUGUAAGUGGCAUUUGUACAUACAUAUCAUUUUGUAUUCCCCAAUUCGAGAUGUUUUUUUAUUGAAUGGGUGAUAUACAACAUUGAAAAAAGAUCUGGUCAUUUGUGCUUUUCUAGUGUUGGUUGCUACAGAUGAAUAUUUGUGAAAUGAAUAUUUGAAUUCUUUCUAAUUGUAAAAUAUUAUAUAAUAUAUUUUAGAA